ACCUAACCUAAGAUGUUGACAAAUGUAAUUGAAUUUAAAAAGCGCAUAAAAUAAAGUUCAGAAUCAAAUUUUUUUACAGAUAUGCUUCAUAUACUGAUAUGUGUUACGCAAUAUAGUAACCAUACUCUGGUAUUUUUGGUGUGAAUUAUUUCUAAUAAUUUAUAAUAAGAAACAUUAAUUCUAAUAAAAUUACAUAGAGGUAUUAUAUUAUUUUACUGAUACUCUGAGGUUAAGUAACAAUAGCAAGGCAUGGUUUGCGAUGGCUUCACUUACAAGCACUAUUUUUAAAGAACGAUUUCUGACUAUAAUUAAAGAGAAUGGAACUCUAAAUGCAACAUGUCAAGAGAUCGCUAUAGAAAUACAAUCUGGACAUGCACAAUUGUAUGCAAUUGUGGAAGAACUUGGACCUUUUUUAACAGAAAAAGAUGUCAGUAUAAGGGACAAGGGCAUUAAUAUUCUUUCCACUGUUUUGUCCUACUUACCCAACAAUUUUUUGAAUGAAGCUGAAUUACAUUUUAUUACUUCAUUUUAUUGUGAUAGACUCAAAGAUCAUCACAGUAUAAUACCAGCAGUAUUAAAGGGAAUUUUAGCAAUUGUACAAAUGAAUCAUUUACCUAAGGAUUCACCUGAACGGUUACUUAGAGUUUUUUUUGAUAAUGUUCAAUGUCAAUCUCAAUCAGCAAUUGAUCGUUACAAUAUAUAUUUAAUACUUACAACAUUAUUACAAAACAAAAUAGAAGACUUGAAAGCCAUGGGGCCAGAUUUUCUUUAUGGAAUGAUCAGUACUAUUGAAGGAGAAAGAGAUCCUAGAAAUCUUAUGUUAAUAUUUACCAUACUUCCACAUUUUAUGAAAGAGUUUCCAUUAGGUCAUUUAACUGAAGAAAUGUUUGAAGUCAUUGCAUGUUACUUUCCAGUUGACUUCAAUCCUUCUGGAUCAGAUGGAUUAAAAAUAACACGUGAUGAUUUGGCAGAAAAAUUGGCACCUUGUCUUUGUGCUAUACCAGAAUUUUCUGAAUACUGUAUACCAACGAUUAUCGAAAAAUUAUUCUCCAGUCUUAAAGUUGCCAAAAUGGAUUCUUUGUAUUUGUUGUGCAAAGGUGCACAAACAUUUGGUAUAAAAGCCCUUGAACGAUAUUCGACUGAAUUAUGGCCACUUUUAAAGAAAGAAAUUAUACCAGGUGGAGAUGUAGAGUUAAGAAAUGCUAGUUUAAAAGCAGUCAUGUCUAUGAUUGAAGUUCUAUCAGCUGAUACUAAGAUUUGUGAAAUAUUCAUUGAUGAUAUAAUCACAGAUACAAAAUCAUCUCUAUAUGACAUAGAACUUAGUUCUUUUAGAUCAUCUGUAAAAUUAUUAGAGUGCAUAGCAAUGGUUAAUAAAGAAUCUUGCAUACAGGUAUUACGAAUAAUAAUACCAUCAUGCCUUGGUCAAUAUUCCACCAAAACUACCAUAAUUGAUAAAGUUAUUUUGACUGAAACACUAAACAUCUUUAUUAAAAUUGCUUGUGACCAUAGGUUUAACAUCAAAGAUGUUCCAGAAUUAUCAUGGACAGAUAUACCGCAAUUAUAUUUGCAUGAAUUAUCUACACAUCAUGCAGAAUUACAAACACAAUUAUUAUUGGGACUAACAUUACAAAAAGCGUAUUUGAAUGAAGUACACCGAAGUUCACUCUAUGAUAAAAUAUGUAGUCUCAGUAAAACAAAUUCUGAUGAAAUAAAAACAAUUUGUUACGCGUCUCUUUUAAGUUUUGCUAUUUUGUAUCCACGGGAAAUAUCAAAUUUGAUGAAGGAAAGAUUUUUAUUAACGGCUGACGAAGAAAACACUGAGGUACAAAUUCAUAAAUUGGAAGUUCUUACAGCUGUUGCUAAAACGUAUGAAUUAGGUAUUGAAAUUCUUCCACAUAUUGUCUCACAGACAAAUGUUGCCAAUUCUGAAAUAAGCUUUGCGGCUUUAACGUGUCUUCAUAGGCUAGUUGUUGUAGAAAAUAUUGACUAUAAUAUAAAACAUUAUUUGUAUAAUGAAUGUAAUAUCAUUGAAAAAUUGGCUGCUCUUAAAAUUAAUCCUGUUGAUCAGAGAUUAAAUCUAGUAUUAAACAUUUGUCGAUUAAUUAUAAGAAACCUUACAUUUGAAGAACAACAAAGAGUUGUUAAUAAAUACGCCAUAAUUUUGAAUGAACAAGUUUCGGAAAUUGACGCUAUUUUUAUCAUGAAUAUUUUUAUUCCUUUGCGUCAAAGUAUUGAUCUACCAAUAAAUUUGGAUUUGUUUAAAAAUUUGUAUAGUUUAGUACUUAAUAAUAUUCAUACAAAUAUAAAAUCUAUAACGUGGGAAUUUUUUGCUGUAUUACUAAACAAAAUGAAUGACAGUAAUCCAUGCUUUCAAAGUAUACUGUCGUAUUUCAAAAAUCAAAUAGCUAAUGAUUUGAAAUCAAAUAUUAAUAUUGAAAUAAAACAAGCUGCAGCUUCUUUGCAAGUAUGGUUGACGAAAGCUAUCAUUACAAAAGGCUGUCGUGAUGGUGAAAUUUUUUUAAAUGAACUUACAAAUAUUUUGAAACACGAACACAUAGGUCAAUAUGUAGCUCAAGAAUACACAAUUUUAACAAGCAAACAAGAGAAUGUCUUGGUGGAAGAAAAUUUUUGUAAUAUUAAAAUUUUAUUCAAGCAAAGAGUAUUUGAACAUUUAAUUAACAAAAAUUUGGAAUUCGAGGAUUCAUCAAGACAAAAUUAUUUAACUGCAUUGGUGCUCCUCUUAGAAGAAAUACCUGUGGAACUCUUAUUUAUGCACUUAACAAAGUUGGUUCCACUUUUAAUAGAGUCUUUAUCUCUUGACAAUGAGCAGUUAAUUUAUUCAACAUUAAUAACAUUGAAACUUUUGUUGGAGUCCGAACAUGUUAUUUUUUCUGACAAAAUACAAUGCUUUAUUUCACGAUUUUUAAAAUUAUCGACUUACAAAACAAUGAAAGUCAGAAUUGCAGCUCUGGAAUGUUUAACAAGUUAUUGCAAAUAUCCUACAGUUGUAAUUAAUAUAUACAAACAAGAGGUGAUAGAACAAUUAGCAAUUCCUAUUGACGAUCGAAAACGGUUGGUCCGAAAAGCUGCCGUAAAUGCGAGAACACGAUGGUUUUUAGUUGGCGCACCAGGAGGACUUAAAGAAUAAUGAUCUGUUUAUUUUAAGUUAUAUUAAUUUAGUUAUAAUAAAAUAUUUUAUAACUUACAAAUAUAUACAUUUAUUUUUAUUU